ACUUGCAUUUAAAACUUGCACCCCCUUCAGCUUGCUUCAAACCCAUAAACAAAAAAAUAGGAAGAAAAAAUGAGAACAAAAAUCUGGGUUUUGGAGAUCCUCCUUCUACUCCAACAUUUCUUUCUGGGGGAGGUGACAGCGGCGGCGGCGGCGGCGGGUGUGCCAGUGACGAGGACGUGGACGCCGUCGGAAGGGAACGCGACGGGUGCAGAGGGGGGUUCGUGGUGCGUGGCGAAGCCUGGAGUUUCGCAGAUCGAUCUGCAGAAUGCGCUGGAUUGGGCGUGUGGAUUGGGGAAAGCGGAUUGCCGAGCCAUUCAAAAGGGGGGCCCUUGCUAUCAACCCGACACGCUCUUGUCUCAUGCUUCUUAUGCAUUCAAUCGCUUCUAUAAACAGAAUGCCAACUCCGAUAUGGCUUGCAAUUUCGGUGGCUCUGCCACUUUGACUAAUAAAGAUCCAAGUUAUGGAAAAUGUGACUAUUCAGCAUCGAGCAGGUCAGCAUCUGGAGAAGGGAAGAAGAAGAGUGGAAGGCGUCUAGACAAGAUUUGUGGGAUUUUGGUGGUUAUUCUUAAUUUGUAUUUAGGGAGCUAAUAAUAAAGGUACUUAGGGGUUAAGUAUGAUUAAUUAAGUUAAUUAAGGGAGGACAGGUGGUGAAAGCAGACAACAUUAGUUAAUUGUAAAUUUUCUUUUUAUUUUUA